AUGAUUUUCACCAUAGCGUACAUCGUUCUGAGCAUCGUUCUUGGAGCUCAAGCUCUUCUCAACUCAAACUUGAAUUAUCAGUCCCCAUCCAGGAGACAGGAGCAUGUUAUUCUCGGUAUCGAUAUUCCUUUGGUAGAAAGAAGAGCCUGGAAGCGCAACUCGGAGGAGUAUGCUCCAGACGAGCUCAACUUCACCCACGGCAUAGCGUCUGGAGACCCAUGGCCCGAGAGCGUUAUUCUGUGGACACGGAUCGCACCAACCGGUGAGUCCGAUACGAGCAACGUCACUGUCGAAGGUGAUGUCCCUCUCUAUAACCACGAUACGCAACCCUAUAUUGAUGCCGACCCUCACCCCGUCUGCCUUGAGUGGUCGGUGUUUAAAUCCAAUAAUGGCACGGCGGCGAAGGAGGCUGUGACUAAAGGCACAGCCUUCACUACUUCCGACAUUGAUUUCACUGUCAAGGUCGAAGCAAGGGGCCUUGAGCCUUUCACAGAUUAUUUUUACCAAUUUGUCGUCUGCAAUUCUGAAAACAAGAGCCCUCUCGGGAAAACAAAAACUGCUCCCCGAGAGGAUGAUCAUCUUGAUGAAAUAUCUUUGGCUGUAUUUUCUUGCAGCAAUUACCCCAGAGGAUAUUUCAACGCUUAUGGAAACGCGGCCCGCCGUCAAAAACAUGAUUUUGUCGUUCACCUGGGUGACUACAUCUACGAGAACGCUGAUCCAACCGGCGAACGGGCCCACAAGCCACCUCAUGUCCUUUUCUCUCUUCACGACUAUCGCACUCGCCACAAUCAGUACAGAACAGACCCCGAUUUGCAGUUGCUAUCUAAAGAUUGGGCCUGGAUACCAACAUGGGACGAUCAUGAAAUUGCCAACAAUGGUUACAGAGAUGGAUACAGCGACUUGGACAACACUGAAGAAUCCUUCUUGAACGAUGGACCAAGGAUUAGCGUCGACCAGAGAAAGAUGAAUGCAGUCCGUGCUUAUUUUGAAUGGAUGCCCAUACGGCAAGUUGAUCUUGACGACAACCUUCGGAUUUGGAGAAAUUUCAAAAUGGGAGAUUUGUUCGACCUCAUCAUUCUCGACACGCGAUACUACGACCGCAGCAUCGCUGAUGGCAAGGAGAGCAAGGAUUACAUAGACCUCAUUCGGUUUGAUGCUGGCCGUUCGAUCAUGGGCAGUCGACAGGAGAACUGGUUCUUCCGCCAACUGUCCGAGUCUCAGGAUCGAGGCGCUGUUUGGCGCGUUGUCGGGAACCAAGUCAUGUUCAGCCAUCGGAUCGAAGAUGCGUCAGGCCAGAUGGCAGGAGAUGAUUGGAACGCCUACACGGGGAGCCGAAACAGAACACUGAAGCAUAUCUAUGAUAAAGAAAUAAAUAACAACAUCUUCUUGGCAGGCGAUAGUCACCAGAAUUGGGUGGCUGAUCUGACCUGGACCGGAAAGAAACCAUACGAUCCCGACUCUGGCGACGGUUCCGUGGGUGUAGAGCUGGCUGGCACCGCUGUCUCAUCCGGUGGUCGUUCGGGGCCUCUGACAUCUUCGGACUCGGGUUCACGGACGGAACUGGAGCGUAAUUCUGUGUUCCAGUGGCAAGAUGGCUACUACAGGGGGUAUUUCAUUCUUCAUCUAAACCAUGAAAAGAUGACGGCGCAAUUCUUUGGCUCCCCUAGUGUGGCGACUCGCAACGGCUGGGAUUUGCCAUUGGCCAACUUGACGAUGCUUCCUGGGGUGAAUCACCUUGAGCGACCAGUGGCAGGUGGAAGAGUUGAGACAGGCGCGUUGAGAGGAGGAGAGGUCAAACAUACGAACCUGACAUUCAACACGGAGACCAACGAGUGGAAGGUGAUCGGAUUUGAGAAGAUGUAUCUGUGA